AUGGUCUCUAAGGCCGUGACUAGAGCUACCAAGUCCGAAUUACCUAUAGACCCGCUCCGGACCGUCGCCAAGGAAAUGAAGCAUUUAACAGGAAAUAUACGGCAGCUUUUAGGUUCGGGGCAUCCUUCUUUAGAUCGAGUCGCAAAGUAUUACACGCAGUCCGAAGGGAAACACGUACGACCUUUAAUAGUCUUGCUCAUGUCGAGAGCUACAUCAUUAUGUCCUAAAGCUCCGGAGUCUUCCUCGCCUCAGACCCUAGUCGCAAUUGACUCUUCCAUAUCUCCCCUCAAUGUCCUCGCCGACGCCAACCCCUCCUCACCCCACGCAGACUUCUCGUCGCAACCCGCUUCGGAAAGCGAUGUCCUCCCUUCCCAACGCCGACUAGCCGAGAUCACAGAGCUCAUUCAUACCGCCUCGCUCCUUCACGACGAUGUCAUAGAUCAUUCCGUCUCGCGACGAGGAUCCCCUUCCGCUAAUUUCGAGUUCGGGAAUAAAAUGGCUGUUUUGGCAGGUGAUUUUCUCUUGGGGAGGGCCUCCGUUGCUUUGGCCCGACUGCGCAACGCCGAGGUCGUCGAACUCUUAGCUACGGUGAUAGCAAACCUAGUAGAAGGCGAAUUCAUGCAGCUGAAAAAUACUGCGCGCGACGAGCGGAAUCCUCAAUGGUCCGAAGAAAUAUUUACUUAUUACUUGCAAAAGACAUAUCUUAAGACGGCCAGCUUAAUCUCCAAAUCGUGUCGCGCAGCUGCGCUCCUCGGCCGAGCGGAUGCAGCCACUGUUGAGUCCGCCUACUCUUACGGGAAGAAUUUAGGUCUCGCAUUCCAAUUGGUAGACGACAUGUUGGAUUAUACCAAAUCCGGGGCUGAUCUGGGAAAGCCUGCUGGAGCCGAUUUAGAGCUUGGCCUUGCGACUGCGCCCUUAUUGUUUGCGUGGAAGACGACGCCCGAGUUAGGCAUAUUAGUUGGGAGGAAGUUCGGACAAGAGGGUGACGUCCAAAGGGCACGCGAGCUAGUCUACCAAAGUGACGGCAUUGAACAAACGAGGGCGCUCGCAGAGGAUUACUCACAACAGGCCAUCGCGGCUCUUAACAACUUCCCGGAUAGCGAGGCGAAAGACGGCCUCAUAGAGAUGGCGAUGAACACGUUGAAACGCCAAAAAUAA